AUUUUAUGCCCACGUCUUAACUACAUAUAUUUUAUUAUUUACUAUUUGCUUAGCUGCUUGCCUGCUACUCAGCAUGGGCUGUUGUUCAUCCUUCGAAACAAAUUGCUUUUUGAGUUACUGUUUAUUCCAUCCUUUAUAUACCGUAUGUUACCCACGCACUUUGAAUAAAGUAAUUGCAUUUUUUCAACUCGUGACGUUUCCAGUAUCCUUCUCAACUUUGUUAUUGCAGUUACAAAUAUUAUAUAUUAAAAAUUUAUUUAUGUUCAACCCCUGAAACAAUAUCCAGUUGUGGCACGUCUUAUUGAGAAUUGGAAGCGCAGUUUAACUAAAACUGAUUGAUUAGCCAACUCAUUCAUAAAGGAUGGCGAAUGGUCCUUCUUGGGCCUCACAAUUAAAUGUUCGUCGAAUUUCACGGGUCUCGUGUUUUAGCGGUUAUGUAGGUCUCGCCGUCUCUGUUUUUUUUUUUUUUUUACAAAGUAGUCAUGGAGUCUCGAUUUCUUGAAAGGCUAAGGAAGGCUUAAGGAAGUCGUUUGUUUGUUUGUGUUUAUAAAUGAGGUUUCAUGUCUUAGAAUCUAAACGUCUACAGUUCACUUUUAAAACACUUCAGUGAGUGAAGUCUCGGUAUCGCUAUUCAAGAAGCCAAAAUGUCUCGGGCUCGCAAAGGAAAACGCCAGUCUCGCCUUCUCGCCAAGUCUCGCAUUUACUAUGCAUUUACCACCCCUCAAAACUAAAGUUCUUUCUCGUGAUAAUUUUGCUCUGUCCAGAAAUUUCUCUCAGUUGGAAACAUUGGCUCAAAGGGUUUAUCAACCCAUCUAAAUAUUUUAUUCUUAGCUGUCGGAAAUUGAAAUUCGCUUAUCAACGGAAAAAAAUCUCCCAUUGCUUCUGAUUGUAACUGGACACGUUCUUGGUUCGUUUUAUAUUUUCCCCAAGAAAAUGUCAGCUGUCCUCUUAAAGUGUAUUCAUUCAAUCCAGUUUCAAUCACUACAACGUUCUUAUAUCAACAAAACGCUAUUGAAAUAUCGAUGUUUUUGACAGCGGGAUUAAAAACUGGGAAAUGAGUUCUUGAAUUGCAAGAUAUUGCAGGUGAACGCAAAAAGAUAUCGACCGCAUCAUGACCAGAAAGUGAGUUUGGCCGGAAAGGUAUCGCAAAAAGUGCUGCCUUGAAAAGAUCUUCAAACCUAAAUUGCAAGAAAGCAUUUUUGCGCUGAUGAUAUCAACACACGCCGAGAAGUCACAAAUUGUGUUUUAACGGAAUUAAGUAAAGAGAAAAGGUGAAAAUAAAAACAAGAUUGCAAGCAGGUGUUUAAGCCGGAAAAAGGAUUUUAAGAUGUCAAUAACCCACUGUUUGAUUUAUCAAUAUUUUUGCUUAUUUAGAACCCUUCUCUUUGUUUCAAACUGAUUUGUUUUAGUCGCCAAGAAAUCACGAGAAAGCGAGCGAGAGCUUAACAUGGCUCAUAAGGUAAAUCACAACCUAUCAAUGGAUAAUGUAAUUGAAAAACAAACGUUGAACAAGUCAGAAACGCCUGUCGUGCAAGUUCUCAGAUCUGAGGUUGACACUUUCGUUUUUAUAAUCUUCUCCGUCCUACUCGCCUUUGCAAUCGUCCUCGGCAACUCGAUUGUGAUGGCCGCUUUUAAGCACAAUCGAAAAUUACGAAAAAGAAGUAACAUGUUCUUAAUCAGUUUGGCUUGCUCUGACUGCAUUGUGGGCGUCGUCUCGUUGCCGCUGUGGAUCUGCAUCUCUGGGCUCGGGAUAGGCAAAGGCGAAGUACUUUAUGCGCUGUUCAUCAGCUUGGACAUUUUCAGCGCGCUGACCUCUGUCUUCCAUUUAACAGCCAUUAGCGUAGAACGGUAUGUGUCCGUUUCCCGACCGUUUUUAUAUCAGCGACUUCCUGAACAUUUUUACAUAGGAACAACUGCGUCGGCUUGGGUGUUUGCGGCGUUGAUCGCUUCGUUGACUCCGUUGCAGAGUAUGUUCAAACUCCAACGCCUGUACGCCCCAAGCUUUACCACCGUCGGCUUCAUUGCUCCGUUGGUGAUCAUCAGCUAUAUGUACGCCGGAAUAUUCCGCAUUGCUAAAUCGCUGAACCGUCACACCCCUGGUUUUGAGGCAAACAAGAUGAGCUGUAGUGAAAAAAGCCAUCUGAAAAAGGAGAUCAAACUAGCCAUGACUUUAACCGUGGUGUCGGGAUUUUUCUUCGCUGCAUGGCUGCCGUUUUACGUUCUGUUAAUGACCGCUGUGUACUGUUUUCGUUGCUUGCCGCAAUAUCCCGGCCUUCAACGUUUGGUAGACUUCGUGAAAUGGAUGCAUUAUUCGAACAGUGCUGUCAAUCCGUUUAUUUACGCAUUCAGGGAUCCGGAAAUGAAGAGAGAAUUUGUGGAGCUACUUCAGGUCAAGAAACUUUCAAGAAAACUUAGUUUCAGAUCUUCAAGAGAUGGCUGCUUGUCCACUAAAUAUUAA